AUGAGCUCGGAUCUCAGCGACUUCCAUUUCAACUGCAAGAAGGAACUCAAUGCAUUAGCAAAGUCGUUCAACAUCUUGUUCUAUGGAUAUGGCUCGAAGAUGCCGUUGCUGAGGAAAAUGUUUCCUUCGGCAAUUCACCUCAACUGCAGAGCCAUGAGUCGGCAUGAGAUUCUUUUGGAAAUCAUGGAUGCCGUUAGACGCAGGUCGAGGUCUGCAGCUCAAAGCAUCUCAAAAGUAUCGACAAUAAAGGACAUAGACGAGGCAAUAGGGUUUAGAAAGGAAAAGUACAAGAUUGUCAUGGCAAACUUCGACUUCAGUAUGACAGACUUCUCGGGUCUGAGGAACUUUGCGAUUCUGGGAACUAUUGAAGAGAUCAACAUAAAGUUCAGUUUUGAAGACGCCGAGAAGUUCAACUUUAUCUUCAGAGAUCUCACCACCUUCGAGCCAUAUGAAGAAGAAAUAGCUGGCAUCCAUUUCAGAGAAACAAGAGCAGAGGCUUCGUCCAAGGUGGUUAGAAAUGUUCCAAGGAACUCCAGACUCGUGCUCAAGGAAAUCCUGCUGUACAAUUCAGAUGUUGUAGGCCUUGGAGAGUUGUUUGAGAGAAUAAAGAGAAAAUUGUUUCUCACAUCGAAGACAUCUGUUCUUUCGAUGAUCAGUGAGUUUAUUGACCAUGGCCUCCUAAAGGUUAGAAACGGCUCGGAGAUUACAGUCUGCAUGUCCUCCGCCGAGAAAAAGGAAGUAGCAAAGGAGCUGGGUAGCUUGGACUGA